GAAACACGGACACAAACGGCGUGACGUUUACAUGUUGCCAUGACAACAAAGAAUAAAUCCGACCCAAACUCUUGAGUUAGUUCACCUGCAACAGCAUGAAAACAACAGGACAGAAAACUGCCUGACAGGGAAAGGAAAGCAUGGGUAAACUACACAAAGGACUGUAUGUGUCUCAGGGAUGUGCUUCAUCCAUUCCUACCAAGUACCAGACAGUCAUCAUCAGAAAUGAAGAGAAGAAAGGCUUUUCCUCUCAGACAAAGAGGCUUCAGGAUCACCUGAAUGAGAACCCAGGGCCUGGUUCAUAUAUCUCACAUGCAUCUGUUGAAGGAUCCAGUCCUUCAUUCUCUAAGAGAGGAACAGGCAGCUUUGCGUCAAAAGCUGGUCGUGUGCCCCAUAGCUUUCCGAGGUUAAGCCCAGGACCUGAUGCUUAUAAUCUCCAGACGUCUCUGCUUCACAAGCAUGAUUUUAACAGAGGAGAAUCCAGAACGUUCCGUCUGCCUCUUGCACUAAAGAGGGAAACGCAAAAAAGUGAACAUCCUGCUCCAAAUCAGUAUGAUGUGUCUUAUAGUGUCGUGGACAGAAAUUCAACUGUUUCAGCUCGCUGUGCAUUUCGCUCCAGAACCAGACGUAGUGCCAGUGUCUCGGACAACUUUAAAGGACCGUCUCCCUGCCACUAUAAAGUGAGUGAUGUUAUGAUCCAGAAGACUCCUCAAGUUCCUGUCUCCUGUUUUAAAUCCACCACUGCCCGGAUCCAGCCACCGGUGAGAAACAACAUCCCCGGUCCCGGGACCUACGACCCAUAUCAGCCACCAGAACCCGUGAAGAGAACCGUUCUGCCAAGGAGACACUACUUGGGAUUAUCAGCGCCACCUCUGAUACCCGCCAAAGACCCACCCUUCCCCGGCCCGGGACACUAUGACAUAGUGAACGACAAUCGUCCAGCCAAACAGCUUGUGUCCAGCGCUGCCUUCCUGUCUGGGACAAGCAGGUGGAUACAGGAGGCCAAAGGACAGGACAUACCUGGUCCAGGUAACACCUACAUCAUCUCUACUUCAUUGAAAAAUUAGGCUUUUACU